GUGUAUGGUGCGUGCGCAUCGAACACUGAAAGGGGAGUAAUCCUGCUUCCGCAUUAGAUUGAGAACAUUAUUAAUCAUGUUUGUUCCGGAUUAUCGAUGAGAAAUGAGUUGAUGACACCUGACAAUGGCAGCCAUUAAACACACACUGAACCGUGACCUUUUCCUUCCAAAUGAUGAACGGUUGAUUGGGCUGAUUUACGUGUUUAAAGCCCCAAAGAAAAAGAAAGGGAGUUUCCUCUGUGCUGUCUUGAACACCACAGAGAGCCCUGUGCAGGCCCGUGUGUAUCAGGUGAAGAAGGCUGACAGAGGAGAGUCGUACAAGAAGAAGCUGUCAUGGCUCCUCAGAGACCUCAAGGUGGUUGAUGGGAAGAAUGCCAACAAAGAGACCGCUGAAUUUGACCUGAACUUUGAGAAGCUGUAUAAGUGGGUGGCCAGCAGCAUAGAUGAAAAGGAGUCAUUUAUUGCCUGCUUGUGGAGGCUGAGUCAGCGAUAUCUGAUACAGAAGCCAGAGUUUGUCAAUGUCCCACCAGGACUGCUUGAAGACAUCACCGCCCCUCAUGACCAGAACCAGAAGUCUGAGGGUGGGGACGACAUCUCCAUUGAGGACGAGGACUAUCAGGCUCUGUCCUCCAAGGAGGAGUCCGACCUAGAGCUCCUCAUGUCCGAGUGCAAGGUGGCCAUCAGCAACGCAGAGACCUUCACUGACCAGCUCUCCAGACAGCUGUCCGUCCUGGAUGGGGCCAACAUCCACUCCAUCAUGGGGUCGGAGGACCAAGUGCUCAAUCUGAUGAGGCUGCUUGACGAGGGAAUCCAACAGGCCGAGCGGAUAGAGCGUAAGCUGGACUCGUAUGACAACAUACUGCUGAAUGUGAAGGAGCAGAUGGAGGUGAUGCGGGACAAGGACAUGCUGGUGAAGAUCAGGAACAUCAACCAUCAGCAGCUGCUGGAGGAACUGGAGAAAGUGGUGAAUCAGCUUGACCUUGACGUGAAGCAUGUGGACGCCUUAGUGAAUGGUGACCUGGCGACACCCACUGGGAUCUACGAGUGUACACGGGCAGCACAGGCGUUACUCAAGUGCAUGAAUGCAGACAUACACACAGCCUUGAAGAGGAUGGGUGCAGUGGAGGAACAACAGAAAAGGUUCAGCAAGCUGUCUGUGGGUUUCUCCAAGAGGGUGGCACACCACCUCAACAAUCUCUUCAUACACCAGGGUAACGAAUUGGGAGAGACACUGAGUCGUUUCUCGGGGGAGCUGAAGAUGCCAAUCCACGACACGAUGCAGAGGGAGUUGGUUGUCUACGCAGACCUGAUGCUGUGGUUGAAGAACACUGACCUCGCCGUGUUUGAAGAACUGGCCAAGGUGUACACAGUCAACAUGCAGAAGAUGUACACACGGGAAUUACAAGACUUCUUGGAGAACGCCAAGCAGAGACUUAUGGGAAAAUCAGAAAAGGGAAAUAAAUAUGCCACACUUAACAUGGGCUCCAAGCUGUCCGGGUCAUCCACGAGUCUGGGGAAGAUCUCAGAACUCCGGGGCAGAUCGUCCUCUAUGCAGAGUGUUGACAGAGCAUCGCUGGGAUCUGAUCAGGAUCUAGCUCAACGUGGACCCUUUGAACAAACCCUGGAGAAAGUGCUGAGUGAGUUGGAGCGUGUGUGUGUAGCGGAGCAGGACUUCUGCUUCAAGUUCUUCCAGCUGGUGGAGAAGACUCCAUCAGUGUCAGAUGCAAAGGGAUCCCCAGGUCAGCACAAUGUAAGUGCUGAUGAUGACAGUGAGGUGUGGACUCUCAGAAACCCAACUAAUGUGGCAGAGAGGCAGAUCAAUGAUGCAGUGAGGAGCAUGAUGGCUGCCCUGUUCCCCACUCUCGAGACGGAUCUUGACAACUUCUUCGUCUUCGCUGACCAGAGGGAUGGACUAAACUCCAUGUACAUGCUGGUGAAACUGAGCGCCCACGUCAACCACUCGCAGGACAUGGGGUCCUUCCUCAGCAAGACUUUCGGCAACUGCCUUGUGAAGGUCAAGCGCAACUUCGACAAGUACAUUCAAGUCCAGAUUCGGGGAGUGGAGGAGACGAAAGUGUCCAAGAAGAACAGAUGUGGGAUCAUCAGCUUUGUCCACAACUUUGAGGACUUUGCCAACCUGGCUGGCCGAAUCUUCAAGGGCUCAGAUGCAUGCAUGCAGAUCUGGAGAGGCUUCGCUAAACUGGUGCAGGUUAUAUUUGAGCAGAUAGAUCCAGUGGCAACAGAGCAACAGAAGAAUCCGAGGGAGGUUGUCAUGAUGGAAAACUUCCACAGAAUGUAUUCCAUUUUGUCCCAGCUGAAGCUGUCCUGUCUGGAGAACGAGCGGAAGGACGCCAAGCAGCGAUACUGGGACAACCUUCGGACCUACACCACCACACUGCUGGGUCGCCCCCUAGAGAAACUACAUAUCUUCUUCGAGGGUGUUGAGAAGCGUGUGGCCAGUGGUGUGAAGCCCGAGGAAGUGGGCUUCCAGCUGGCCUUCAGUAAACAGGAGCUGCGUAAAGUCAUCAAGGAGUACCCUGGGAAGGAGGUGAAGAAGAACCUGGAACACCUCAACAAGAAGGUGGAGAAGCAGCUCAGCGAGGAGGAGCACCUGCUAGAGGUAGUUGUCUCCCCUUAGGAGAGGUUACUUCCC